AUGAGAGGGGCAGAUCAAAUUUGUAAUGAAGAGUUGUGGCAAGGUACAUCAAAAGCUGGGGAGGGACAUUUAGCACAGGUUUUGUGGGCAAAGGUAAAGGAUGAGGGUUUUCAAGUAGAAGUAAACUGGCAGGAUGCUGAUUCAUCAUCAGCAAAGGGAUUUUGGUACUCAUUUGAAAAUGAGCAAGAUUCGAGAAUUAUGCUGUGUGGGGGACAUGUGGGGAGGGCUCAUGGUAAAAAGCUUGCUGAACUUCAAACAAAAAGCUGUUUCAGUAAGGCAUUUGUUGACAGCCACAAGAAGGAUUUCCCUCAGAUGGAAAAGUUAAAAUGCUGUUGUUCUGGAAAAAAGCAUACGUAUGUCGCAAAAAGAAACAAGCCUGUAUGUGGUUGUAUCAGUCCAGCAUUUAUACAGAAUGCAAAGCGCAACCAUUACUGUGCACUAGUCCAGGCUGGACGGGACCCUGGUAAAUACAGGGAGACAAUGCCAUGCUUGGGAAAAUACCAUUCCCGAGACAUACAUGAAUGGGAGGGUGGUUAUUGUAAAUUUCAUCCCUUAAAAAAAUGUAGUUGUAAGGAAUGUCAAGUCGAUGAAGAGGGAUUUGCCAAGAAUUAAAAUGCCCUGGGGAACGAUACCAUUCGUCCCAUGUUUUAGAGUGUGAAUUUCAUGCUCUUUGUUAUGAAAUAGAAUGUUCUGGAAGGGCUCCUGGUGCAGAAAAAGUUAUUGAUCCUGGGUUGGGAAAGGGCCAUUCAAACCUCCCAGAAGCAACAUUUAGUGUCCUUACUAAGUUCAGGGCUAAGGAUGUAAAUCUGCAUCAAAAGCACUAUGCAGCAUCAACAAAUUUGGGCCUAAUACAGGCAAAUAUGACAUGGUGUUAUAAGAAGAAGGGCCCAGAAUACCACUGGAUUGAAGAUCUAUAUUCCAGACUGGGCCUGCCACUCCUUGAUGGUAUCCAAGAAAUGGUAUGCUUUUUUUUCUUUUCACAUUUACAGUAAAAAAUCUCUGUUGGUUUCACUCCAUUGAUGAGUACCGGUAUAUUUCCUCAUUCAGGGACAGACUGAAACUUGAUAUAUCCCAAAUUGUUGAUGCUUGUUGAUUUUUCUCUUGGUUUUUAUUAUUUUCCUUUUUUUUUUUUUCAACUGGUCAGGAAAGCAGGCUCUUACUUCGUGUAGAAGACACAGAUGACGUAAAACAAUAUAACAAAAAUCAUGAAACAAUACCUACUUACACUUUGAAAACCCUGAAGACUCCUAAAGCCUUUGUUGUGACAUAUGUGUCUUCUAUACCAAGUAGGAGCCGGAAAGCCACUAGUUUCGUCCAUUUUAUCGAGUGAACCCUUAUGAUCCUACACGUAAAUAUACCUUCUCUCUAAUACAUUCAUGAAACACUACUACCUGCUAGCCAAAAAGAUGACCUUCAAUUUAAUGUUACUUAUUUGGAAUAUGUUUUCAGUGUAAGAAUGACAAUGAAGAUCACAUGAAACGUUUAGAGAGAAAAAGGACUGAAGAGGGAAAGAAGAAAUGGGUUCAAUCAAAAAUUAAAAGGACUCAAGAGCAAACACUAAGGUAA